AUCAAAUAAAAUUUAUAAUUUUGGCUAAAUAAAACCCAAAAUCCAAGCCCAUUUCAGAUUUAUUUUUAACCCAAUCCCAAUUUUGUAUUUGGUGCCCUAAAUUAAAAUUCAAAAAUUCUAUUCAUCGGUUCACUUUUUUCACUCUCACAGCGCAGCUACCGUCGGCGACCAACAGAACAGCGGCGCAGCCACCGUCGGCGACCAGCAGGGCAGCGGCGUAGAAACCGUCGGCAACCAGCAGGGCAGCGGAGCUGUUUUGGCUGCCAUUUUCAAGUGCUCUUAUUGAAUAUAUACCAUCAUUAUGGAUGCUCCGAAUGAACUGAGCUACAAACCACCAUCAGAAUUUGAGGAGGUCAAAAAGGAUUCACUUGUCAAUCUUAACAUUUCAGACUCAACUGAGCUCUGGCUUAUACAGUGGCCCUUUAAUCAACAUCCAGGUCUUGAUGGGCAAGAAGUUUCAUUGAAGCUCCAUCAUGAUGGGCAUAUGGGCAGUUUUGAGGAUUCAUCUGGUAAAUCAUAUGAAGUGGUCAGUUGUAGAGCGCAGGACCCAGAUGCGAUGGUCUUUCUAUCAUCUGAUUCUGAGCCAAAAAUUGCUGGCAAAAUUUCGCGGCGUGUUUCCCUUGUCCAUUAUCCGGAACCAAGUGAGCUUAAACCGAACAGCAUAAACUUGAAGCAGAUGAUGGCUCAGAGAUCGUCUGGUACUACAUUGACCAAUUCAUCUCGUCGCUUUGCAACUCCUAGUCAAAGUACUAGGACACGGAGUAUUAUGCGAUCAGGGAGUUCAUCCAAAUCUACCAAGAGAAAACACAGUGAUGGCGGCCCUGCAAAAUCCAAUAACCAAUCUGUUCAAGAUUCAGGCAAAAGUGGCCGUAGUGCAUUGACCUCUUCAGGAUCCUUCGAUCACUCUCAAGAUCAAAAAUCAAAGAAGAAGCGGAAAAUUGAUGGUUGAAGUGCUUCCUCUUAAGUGUUCUGAAUCGAAUUCUUUUUGGUUAAAGAAUCUCUUUCUAGUUGCUCUAGUACAAUUGAGCGCUUUAACCAUUCAGCGAUGAACUCGAACACGGCCUUAUUUCUCUCUUAUAUUACUUCUAGAACAAGUGUAUGAGGUUUUUGCGCCAUAGCUUGUGUGCCUUGUUAAUCCCCCCAAUGAUGGGACCAAUAUUUAAUUUAAGUAUCAAAUGUUAUAUACCUUUGUUUUAAAAUAGUUUUAAUAUAUGUAUUAGUUGUACUCUUUA